CAAAACAAACCAACCCCAACCAAACCCAUCCAGAGAGGUAAAAAAACAAAGAGCCCCAAAAAUGACAAAGGUACAGCUUUCUUUGUUUCUUUUGGCAGCCCUUUGCUGCCAAAUGGCCUCUCCGGCAAGCGCUCUUAUCCACAUUGUUGGAGGAAGUCUUGGAUGGAGUAUCCCCCCAAAUGCAACAUAUUUCCAAGACUGGGCUAAAUCAAGGGUGUUUGGCGUCAACGACAGACUAUUUUUCCCCUUCAGAAGUGAUUUGCACACUGUGCAAGAGGUCAGCAAAGAUGAUUUUGAUAAAUGCACACAAAAUUCAGUCAUAAGCACACACAGCACCGGGCCUCUUGCUUUGACCUUCACAAAGCCUGGUGACUAUUACUAUUACUCUGCUGUUGGGAUCCAAUGCGAGGCUGGCCAAAAGCUCCACAUCACUGUUGUUCCCGGAAAUGGCUCAUCUGGAAGGACUGUUCCAUCUGCCAACUCCAUAAAACAACAUCUUCAUCCUCAUCUUCAUCCUCACCAUCACCAUCACAUCCAUACCCGCAAAUGCGUUGGCAACUGCUAGUUUUAAUUGGGUUGGCGGUUGGGGAAAUGAAAAAUGGUUUGAUUUUCAUUUGUGGCAUGGCAAACGAUUUGAUUUUCCCUUUAUGUCAUAACUAUUCCUAUAAAGAACGCAACAUUUGUUUUGAGUCUAUUAAAAUUCUAUCUAUGUUGUAAGUCGUUUCAUAUGAUUGAUUGUAAGCCACAAUGACCAAUGCAUUAAGUUGUACUUA